UAAAAUAUUCGAAAAGUACGAGCUAACGCCCUAUCAACAUGCAAACUGUCGCUCUAACUUGCUUUUGCUUGACCCUAAUUGGCGCUGCGGCGGCUAUACCUUUUGGAGUCGAUGCACGAGAUGCUGACCACRGCAUACUCCGCAUGUUGGCCGAGGCUAAUGAAUUGGGCGGCGCCGCUGAUCCCGCAGUCACCACUGAGUGUUUCAAUUACUAUAUGCCAAUCAUAAGCAAAAUCUCCGCGAAUUUCUCGACGCAGUAUGAGCAAUGUGUCACCGUGGCCACGCAAGCGUCAGCCAAUCUCACCGCCACUGCUGCCCAGAACCGCAUUGCUUUUGUGAAUCAGACCGCCAGCAUAUGCAGUGCUUUCACCACAUGCAACAGUGACACCGAMAACUUGGAUUUCUUCAACUGUUACGUCACCGCAUCCUCCGCCGAUAUUUUAGACAUCUAUGCGCUCUCGGAUAGCGCCUCGACUGCUGCGCUUUCACUGAAAAGUGGAUUGCAAAUGAUUAGUGAUACGGAGACUUCCUGUACCAGCGCCGCUCAGCGCACCUACAUCACACAUACAGCCGAAACUUAUAAGAAGUUGUACGCGUGCUUCGCCAGUGGCUUACCAGGUUCUACUACUGCAGCUACCACCAUUACUGCUCCCCCAAAAAGUUMUGAUGCCGAUGACAGUAGCUCUUCUGUUGCUAGCUCAGCCGCUCCUCUUGCCUCGUAAAUUAUAGUUGUGUUCAUAAAAAGUGGAUUGUGUCAUGUUUUUUUUUUUUGUUUUUCUAAAUUUGUUCUCGCUUAAAACAUAACCGAAGAGAAAAGUCGACUUUCAAUAGAGUGAUGAUUUAAAUAAAUUAAAUCAAAUGUUUAUAGCCCAUAAAGAGAAUAGAAAAUGAAGCAUUUUGCUGAAAUUAUUUUACUCCUUUAAAUAGGGAUUCAUUGUUUCCUUUCUCCAUAACUGGCUUAUGAAAAUGAGUAAUUAAUAAAUAUCGUUCCAGAAGUUUGGUAGAA